AUGGAAUGGGAAUCGAAGCCGACACAACUUGUGGGCUCUCAGCUCGAGUCUACUCUAAGAUCACAAUGCACUUCCGGCCGGGCAGUCUUGGGAGACAUAACAAAUAAUUUCAAUGCAAUAAAUGUAUCUAAUCAAUGUUCCUUUGCUUAUACAAAGCGCAAACUAAAUCGUGACGGUAGGUUUUAUUUAUCUUUAAGUUUCACAGCUGCCCCGUCUGAUCACUGUGUCUCCCAGAAAAGGGAGCCUUCCAGAAGCUGUCAUUGCCCUCGUUUCCUACUUGAUCUGGGGUCUGUCAAGAAGCCUAUAGAUGACAUAUCUCUGGUUUGCAAUGACUCGAAACGGCUCAAAUCUGAAUAUGGUAAUAAACUCAAGACGUCCAAAAACGAAAAUGAGACAGGGUCGGCCAAAAUGUCUAUCAACUUUGCGCGCGAUAUUGUUCGCGUUGCCUAUGCUGAUCGUGUGCAUCUUGAGCAGUUGCUGGCUGAGUGUCGUCUUGUGGACUUUGUGAUAUCUGCUAUGGACCGCUCUCCAAUGGAGCAAAUGAUGGAAUCUACUGAUUACAUUGUUGGAAUAAUGGCAUACGAGCAAAGUCGAGAACUUAAGGUUAACUUUAAUAAAACAUGGAUUAUGUUUGUACCUUGUAACUCAAAUCUUUGUAGAACCUCUUAUAUUUUAAGAAUAACAUUUAUCCAUAAUAAAUGCCCUUUGACAUGUGUUAUUGGUCACUUGUCACGAACCCAGCCAGCCUAUGCGUCCGUAAAUAGAUUUUCAUCAAGCAUGCAUGCAUAG